AUGAGCAAAAAGAGAGAUAAAUCAAGUCUCCUUCGGAAAACCGAAUUCAAAGAGGAUUAAGAAAACGAGGAAGCUGUUGAAUUCAAUCUGUAUAAUAUGAAAGCCAAAAAUGAAAUUGAAUUACUUGAGAUCUUUGUCGGAAAGAACUCAUCCAUGACUGGUGAAGACUUUUAUAUGAGAGCAAUUAAUGCUAAAUUCUACGAUUCUCAUUAAAUAAUUGAUGAGAUAUAUGGGACAUCGAGACAUUAGGAUGCAAACGGUGGCUAUCUAAAAGCCUAAGAAAAAACAGAGGGCAAGUAUUCUAAAGAAUCGAAUACCGUGUUUUAUUAUGAAUAGUACAAGGUAGUCAUGCUUUUGGAUUUCUCGAAAUCAACUUCUAAUAUUUACCAGAACCAGUCUAAGACCUACAUUGAAAAAAUGCGAGAGUCUAUUGAAAUUUUUAUCACCAAUCUCCUAUUUAGAAUGGAAAACAAAUACUAUUAAGCCAAAUAAGAGCUGCCGAAGUUGCAUCAUAGGAAAUCAUCUAUCCAAGAGGAAGUAAAAAUGAACCCAAUAGAUCAACUAGUAAAUCUAGGAUAAAUCACUCUGAAUGAUAUUAAAGAAGAAUAGCAAUCAGAUAUUUCCCCAAAAAGAUCCCCUGUCAAGAGAUUGUUUGACAACUAAUCUUUCAAAACUUAGAGAUCUCCAAAUUUCAACUAAGAAUAAAAGAAAUCAUCUGAUAGACUUAAAGAAAACCCAAAUAAGGGUAGUGCAUAAGAGUCACUGGAAGCUGAGCAAUUCUAUGAGCCAGUGAUACAUUUGAGCAUAGUGGCUAGCGGACUGCCUAAGAAUAAUCAAAUGAGAUUCAUAAUUCAUAAUAUGAGAGUAGAUGAGACAAACCUACAUGAACUAAGAAAAAGCAUGGAAUAGAGAUUGCAAGUUAUAGAAGAUUUACUCGCAGAGAAUUAUAAUAACUCAGCUAACUCAGAGGAUAAUCAUGAAGAGUAUCUGCAAAGACAUUUGCUUAAUUCUCUGUGCGUAUUCAAUUUAAUGCCUUAAAAAUCCAAGCCCCUCCUAAUACUAAUGACUGAUUCUAAGAGUUCUCUAUUGGGCAGGCAGCAAAACGGGAAAUUAGACCAAUUGAUUUAAAAGCUACAUUAUCAAGAUACUAAAAUCAUCACGGUUGAUUUAGGUGAUGAAAAUAGAGUAGGAGAUAGUUUUGGGUAUGUUAAUCAUGUUGAACACUUAAAGUAUCUUGCUUAUGUAACAAGAGGAGUACAUUUUGACUAUUAAUCACUGAAUAAACUCGCAGGCAUGUUCAAUCAAGAAUAUCAAGAUAGUUUAAGACCUAGAAUUAUGAGCACUUCAUUCCAUAGCAAAAAUUCUAAAAAGGAUAUGAAGCUUUCAAAGAUCAACUUGAAGAAGUCUAAAUUCUCAUAAGACCUGUAAAAUGCUCUUGGUCAUAAUUAGUUAAACCAAAAAGCAAUUAAUCUAGCCAAUUUCAACCAUAAGGUAGGACUUGAACCAGAUCUAUCAGAAUAAGAUAGAGUUCAUCCUUACUUGAAUUCUUUGCAAAAGCUUAUGUUCACAAGACCAUGCAGCUAUUCCAAAUUCCUAUCGACAUCAGAAAUUUAGGAAUUAGUAAAUUAUGAAGAGAGACUCAUCUUUGAGAAUAGAAUUUCGAGUGAUUUGGUCAGAAAAUUGAGAAAAGAUAAGAAUUUGUUUGUAAAUACCUCCUAUUCUGCGAGAGACCUGCUGCUUAAUAACCUAUAUGUUCCAAUCUUUAGAAAGGAAAACUUUUCAGAGUACUUCAUAAAGUGCAAGUCAAUAAUUUAAAUGUGUUCUGCAAGAUCUAAACUAGCGUUUUAGUUCAGCAAGAUAAAUCUUAUUCAAGAAUCUGCUAAUUAAAAUAUGUCUAAAUCUUCAAGAAGGCCAAGCAUUUCAUCCAUUAAAGACAUCGAGAAGUAUGAAAACCAUAGAUUAAAAGUACACUAUCAUCAUUGGUGGAGUAGUGAAAUUCUUAUUCUUUGCUGCUUGAAUUAAAUUGAGGCAAGACUAGUCCGAGUUAAGUACAAGAUAGUAGCUUAAGAAGAAGUAAUAAACUAGAUGAGAAGAGAGAUCGGAAACAAGAAAGUCAAAGGCAACUAAAACAAGACAUCAUAGCUUGACUUCCAAAUGACUAAUGGCUACCUUAACAACAAUAGACUGGGAGGUGGGAGCGAGGGUUUUUCUCUGCUUGAGUAAAUUCAGAAUUUUAUAGAAAGCAUCAGAAGGAUAGAUAAGAAACAUUAACUGUUCGAGGUUUUAAUGAGCCAUACUGAUAGAGGAUUUAAAUAUAUACUUCAAAGGCAAAAAGAUAUAAAGGAGAAGUACAAAUAAGAUGAUUUGGAAUAGCUACUAUAGUAGUAUAGCCUUAACAAUAAUAGAUCUGAUAGCAGUAAUCCUCAGUCAAUAUAAAGAAUUUAGCCAGGUUUAUUUAGUCAGUAAUCAGAUCAUAAUGUAAAAGUAGAUGAAAAUAGAUUAGCUUCAAAGAAAAGUUCGAAAACAAGGUAGUUAGCGAAAAAGAAAAGUGCUCUUGUUGAUCCUUAGAUUACUUAAAAGCAGAAAGUUUUACUAACUAAUGAAGAGGACUUCAAAAAUUUACUCCUUUAACAUUAGCAAAAGUGGUUGAAACUUUUAAAAAUUUCUUUGAAUUAAUGGCCUUCUAUAUUCCAUUACUAGAAACUUGAGCUUCUAACUCAUUCAAACUUCAAAUAUGAGGAUAUAAAUUCUAUGUGUCAGCAAAUGGACAAUUGCUACAAUCCUGAUUUUCAAAUAUCUAAGGUUGUCUUUGAUCUAAUGAAUAAACUAACUACUCUAACAUUAGAGUAGGGCAAUUAUAUAUAGAUAUUUAAAGAAUAAAAGAUUGAUACUGAUUAGAAGAAAAGAGCUAAUGAUUACUAAGAUGAGAUUUCUAACUAUGGCUUUUGCUUGAUUAGAGUUGAGUGGGUGGCUUGUAAUAUGGCGAUUUUCCAUUUUGGAUUUUAUCAAGUUUGCUCUAAAAUUAUAACCUCAUUUAUGAAGAAUUUUGACAAAAAGUCUAAUGUAAGCAAAAAAUAGCAUUUGAUGAUUAAAUAUAGAGAGAUGAGGAAGAAGAGGAGAAGAAGUAUGAGGAGCUGCAAUAUCUCGCAGGAUAGAAGUUUAAGAGUAAAAAAGUAUCAGACUAUCUAUUUUAUGAUAAAAGUUUAUCUUAAAUGCUAAUUAAUGAUCUCCAAGUACUUAUAAUUUUUAAUUAAUCUUAAUUUCAUAAAGAACCCCUUCAAGUUUUAACUAUGCCCUCAUUUGAAGUAGGACUCAGAUUAAUCAACAAGAGAUUACCAUGAGGAUAGAAACUAAACUCUGACUAUAGAAGACGAAUUAGACAACUAAGACAAGUAGAAAUUCAGUUCUUCAAUUUAAAACCAUAACUCUCAUGAUAGUAUCCACGGCCAUAUUUAAAGGAGUCUAGAAGAUGCAUUAAUUGAACAUCGUUAGCCAAUUAAAAGAUUGGUGUUUAAGUCUAGCUUUGACAAGCAGAAAAAUAUAAGUUACCAUAAGAAUUGGAUAUGGAAAAAUGAUAAUAAGAAUAAUAACAAGGACUUCUUCGAAGUAGUAAUGAGGUAAAGAAUUAAGGAGGGCUUUUAUUUUGUAAGUAAGGGCUGUGAAACUGACAAAUAUCUUUUUAUUAAGGUACUCCCUGCUUACAAAAACAAACUCUCCAAGAAAUUUAACAAAUAUCUUAAUGAAGAUUAUAACGCAUCAGGUAAAAUAUAGACUGAGCCUGAUACAUACAUAUUGAUUUAAUACCUCAUGUAUUUUGAUAAGGAAUACGAAGAGAAAAACAAGGAGAAAUCCUGCCUAAAAACUGAAUUAUUUAUGGAGUAAGAGCAAGCAUAUUUUUACUUCACUAAGAGCAACAAUAAUCCAUAUUAAUCUAAUAAUAGUCAAAAUUUAUUAGAUAGAGUUAAGAGUGACUCAAUGAAAAAAUAAGGCGACAGAGCAGGAACGGAUAAUUCAUCAUCGCACGGGAAAGACAAAAAGCAGAAUGAGGUUUUGAACUGUGUCUCUGAUAAGAGCUUUUUCUUUGAACUGUAUGAGUACAUUUAAUCAGUUGAUCAGUUUUUAUUCAAUAACAUAUGCACUUACCAUAACAUAGUCAAAAACAGUGUGCUUAAAUUGGUUAAUCAGCCUGAAAAUCCACUAAUAAAAGGGGAAGUCUGUUAUUUCAAGAGUCUAAAUGUAUCAAAGGUCAAGCUUAGAAAGCGUAUGCAACUUGAAUUAGCAAUUAGAUAAAAGAUGAAUCUCCUCAGAAAAGAUUGGUAGAAAAACUUUGAGAUUGAGUAUCCAGGUCUAUUUGGUAAUAAUAAGCAAUAGGAAGAUGAAUAUGGUUAGUCAAUAGACAUAUUCAGAUAGACAUAAAGACCUGAAGGUUUAGAUAGGCCUAAAAGCAGAAGGAAUAGCUAGCAUAUUAAUCAUGAAAGAAUCAUAGAAGAGGCUAGUUUUGUUAUUUAGAUUGAAGAGCUACUAGAAAAUUCUAAGUUGAUCAAGAUAGAAUCAUUCGAUAUGCCAUAAAUUAUAUUCUUAAAGAAGUGUGAGAGCUUGAAAGAGGUAUCAUAAAUAUCAAAUUUAUUAAUUAUAGGUUUUGAUAAAAUUCUAUGA